UUUGUAGUCUUCAAUUAUUGGUUUCCCAGAAUAAGAUCUACGAACCUUAAGAAAAACAAAAAACAUAAAGAGAAGUAAAAUGAAAAUAUUUUUGCUAACCAUACUUAUGGCCCUAAGUGGCCUAAGUCAGUCGAAUCAAGAUGUAAGUCCUAAUACGGAAUUUCAACGUUUGAUUGAUGCUACGGCCAAUUCUGAUCCUGAAAAUAUAAUGCGCCGCCUUUAUGGUAUUUAUCUGCUGCCCCAUCCUCAAUCAUGCCAAGCCUACUACUUACGCAUCCACGGUCAAAUGCAUUUGAUGAAGUGCGGCCCCGAUACCAUGUGGAACUACAAAACUCAACAAUGUGAAAUAGCCAACCGUGCCGAAUGCUAUGUCAAGUCUCCCCAAGAUGAGAAUAAUAUUGCCAGGUUCAGCAAUGAAUGCUGUCAGCCCUUGUCCACCACGACAAUAGGGGAUUGGACCACCAACGAUUUCCAUCCAACAGGUUCUUAUCAUACAGCAACGACAGGCGAUGACUGGCAAACAACAGAAUUCCAUCCCACAGGUUCUUAUCAUACAGCAACAACGGAUGAUAGUUGGCAUACUACAACUUUCCAUCCUACUGGAUCCGGGCAUACGGCUUCAAACACCGCCACAACAGAAGAAAUUGGAUUUUCCACUACUAGUGGAACAACAACGGAUGAUAGUUGGCAUACAACAACUUUCCAUCCUACUGGCUCCGGGCAUACGGCUUCAAACACCGCCUCAACAGAAGAAAUUGGAUUUUCCACUACUAGUGGAAUAACAACUACAGGAACCACAGGAACAUGGUCAACCACUACGGAAACCACAACAUGGCCAACUACCACAGGUACAACAACAUGGUCGACUACCACAGGAACAUCAACUUGGUCGACUACCACAGGAACUUCAACCUGGCCUACCACCACAGGAACUUCAACCUGGCCUACCACCACAGGAACUUCAACCUGGCCUACCACCACAGGAACAUCGACUUGGCCAUCUACAACAGAAACAUCAGCCUGGCCGACCACCACAGGAACAUCAACAUGGCCGACUACUACAGGAACACCAACCUGGCCGACUACCACAGGAACAUCAACUUGGCCAACGACUACAGGAACUUCAACCUGGCCUACCACCACAGGAACUUCAACCUGGCCUACCACCACAGGAACAUCGACCUGGCCGACUACCACAGGAACUUCAACUUGGCCUACCACCACAGGAACAUCAACCUGGCCGACUACUACAGGAACAUCAACCUGGCCGACUACCACAGGAACAUCAACUUGGCCCACGACUACAGGAACUUCAACCUGGCCUACCACCACAGGAACUUCAACCUGGCCUACCACCACAGGAACAUCGACCUGGCCGACUACCACAGGAACAUCAACAUGGCCUACUACCACAGGAACAUCAACAUGGCCCAUUACCACAGGAACAUCAACCUGGCCGACCACCACAGGAACAUCAACAUGGCCGACCACCACAGGAACAUCAACCUGGCCGACCACCACAGGAACAUCAACAUGGCCAACCACCACAGGAACUUCAACUUGGACCACCACUACAGAGCCCAACAAAAAACCCAAACCUUUAGUGAAAUGUCCUAGAGAUAAGCUAAGCUAUUUGGCCCAUCCCCAGGAUUGCAAUAAAUAUUUUAUUUGUAUUAUGGGUAAUCCCAUAAUGACAUCGUGUCCUGAGGGACUAAAUUGGGAUGUCAAGAAGAAAACAUGCAAUUAUCCCCAAUUUGCUCAAUGCUUUGCUUAA